GCUUGAUCCGUGUCGGGUUUUGAAAGUCGGUUGAGGGCGAGGCACCGCGUGCGUUAUCUGCUAGCGCGUUUUUCGAAGUUAUGUCGUCACAAAGCGCAAACGCGCGUGCUUUGCGAAGAAAUAUGCGGGAAAAAACCCGAGAGAAUUUACGAAAGCUCCGAAAUGGAAACCGAACCAAGAUCAACAAGUCGAUGGGAACGGCCUACUGCGCUUUGAGAGAAGUCCGAAGCACGGCACGCCAGGCCUUGGAAAACGUCAAAUCUGCAGUUGAAAACAUCUCCAACAGGUGCCUGCAAGGAGGCCGAAGCCGUACAAAGUACCGACUUCCUCCAGGAUCUUACUCCCCUCUACACUGCCAGACACCUGUGAGGUUGUACUCCCCUUUUGGCAUCGAAACACCCAGCCCUGUCACACCUCGUCGCAGGACGCCUGGCCGCCGAACACCCAAAACGCGUGCACUGGGAACACCUGCCAGGAAACUGAGGGACGAGCUGAAGGAGAUCGAGACAGGCAUUGGGGAGCUGCACACAGUGGCUGAAAAGAUCUCCAAGCGACAAGCCAAGAAGACUUGAAGGAGGACAGAGCUGUGCAGCCAUCGCAAUGUCCAAGAAUAUGCCAAAGCAUCCACCGCUGAUAUAUUAAGCAAGUGUUUCUUGAGGCAGCAGCAUUCAGUCAUUACCUAUGCAAUUUUGUGUAAGCUACUAACUGUUUUAAGCAUGUAGGCUGGCAUAUGCAAGCUAGAGUUGCAAUGACUUUACAGACUUUUGCCCUAAAGUAAUUUCUCCACAACAUUCCGUGUUGCAGCCUCCCGGCUUGAGUAAAUGUAGAGAUUUAUUUUGUCAGCAUUGGCAGCAACAUGGUAAUCAUCAAUUUUUUUUUUUUUACAAGAACACUUACAACACAAACAUGUCUCUAACAUGUGGUUGCAUAUAAGAUAUCACAAUAUGCAAAGUUCUUACACCUCCUUGAAUUACCCUUGAAUUUGAAAAAAAGAGGUUCAAGGACCCUUAAAACUCCUUGAAAACUGCAGUCGCUGGUGACUUUUGAGCACUCAAGGUAACAAACAAUGUGUCAGGGCUACGCCAUGGAUACAGUCUAUUGGUACACGAUCCUAGAUAUUCACUUUCCAGAGUGUCGCAAAGCGAUGCAAUGAGGUAAGUCCAGAGACACUAACGGCACGCAUAUUUAGAUUACCACUGCCAUCAUGGAGCUAGACAGACAGGUCAAGUGACCAAGCUGUACCACUAUUUUUGUUAGCUCACACAGCAUCCAUCACUGCUCCAUUUUCGAGCCCUAGGCUAUAGAAAUGUUUGGUGAAAAGCAAGUUUCAGCCAUUUGGCUUUAAUGUGACGAGUGUCUUUGGCUGAAGCAGGACACUACUAACAAUCAUGCUAGAAGCUAAUCUAGAUCAUUACAAUGGAAAUGUCAACUUUGAAAAUUCACUUGAAGCCUGCAUCCUACUCAGCAACUGCUUAGGUGCAAGAAAUUGCAGCUAAGAGUUCGCUAUUUUCCAGUUUAUGUGCACAAAUAAGGUUUGUUUCCCACUACUUGAAAUUUGGCCUUUGUCAUCCUUAAUUGUCCUUGUAUUUUGAGUUCAGUGUUCUGUAUGAGCCCUGAAUGGAGAUGGAAGCACUAUCAGUGCUUCCAUCUCCAGUAUUCCAUGCAGGGGCAAUUCAUAUACUGACAAGCUAAAACUCCCUAGUGCUUAAAUACUCUUAUACUGCAGCUGUGCUGGCCAUUGCGCUGCUCUCAAUCAUUAAAAAAAAAAAAAAACUGCCAGUUUUACUCUGUACACCACAAGUCAAGCAUGUUGCUAUGAUCUAGCAGCAUUGUCUGUGCGAGAUAGAGGGGACUGUUUUACCUGUGUAAGUAUUUUAGCAGCUAUUUAUUAGGACUCAUUUUUCCUUUGAAUUAACAGUGCUGACAUUAGUUGCACUAGUUAAAACGGUUUUUAUAUUCAUGCCAAUGAAAGUCCACCCUACCAAGAUGGGCGAUUUGCUAGGCAUAUUGCAGCAGGGUUUGCAAAAACUAGCAAAGGUGUAUGGUUCAGUCAAUUGAUGCAGUGACAAGCACAGGCUACUUUGGAAACUGCAUGUUUAGCUAUUAUGCCUGUAGGCUGGCUUUAGUGUAUCAUAAUAUACUUCAGAUUCCAGCUAUUAUUUAUAAGGCAGCUGCUGUCACAUUGUUGCAUGUUGUGUAUGUCAUCUAUACUCAACAAAUAAAACGUUAAACAUUCCA